AUGUUCCCAGGCGCUACUUCUACAUCUAUGCACAGCUCAAUGGUGAAGAUGCGAGUGCUUCAGCUGUUAUUGGCGGCGAGUCUGUCUAUAUUCUCGGUUGCAGCCAAGAAGUCUCCUUCCGCUUUCGACAUCUAUCAGAAAAAGCAGUUUCCCAUCACCUUGAACGAACAGCAGUACGAUGAGCUGACUUCUGUCCCUCGAGACUACUACUCCGCAGUCGUCCUGACAGCUCUCGAUGCAAAGUAUGCAUGCGGCAUAUGUCGAGAGUUUCAGCCUGAAUGGGAUGUGAUCGGAAAGAGCUGGCAGAAGGGCGACAAGAAGGGUCAGAGUCGAGUUCUCUUUGCUACUCUUGACUUUGAUCAGGGCAGAAACGUCUUCAUGAAGCACCAAUUGCAAACUGCACCCGUCCUCUUCCUCUUUCCUCCCACAACUGGCGCUAAUGCCUCGCCUGACGGCCAACCUACGCGGUUGGAUUUCCUUGGUCCACAAACAGCAGAAGGUAUCCACGGUUGGAUCCAGCGACAGCUACCAGCUGGUGACUAUCCUCAACUCGUCAGGCCGUUCAACUGGAGCAAACUCAUCACAACUGUUACGAUCGUCAUUGGGAUAUUCACUUUUGGCACAGUAGCGUAUCCAUACAUCCUGCCUGUCAUUCAGAAUCGGAAUCUUUGGGCUCUGCUAAGCCUGAUAAUGGUCUUGAUGUUCACGAGCGGGCAUAUGUACAAUCACAUCAGAAAAGUUCCUUACGUUACUGGGAAUGGAAAAGGUGGAAUCACUUACUUCGCUGGUGGAUUCUCCAAUCAAUUUGGAAUUGAGACACAGAUUAUUGCUGCUGUUUACGCUGUACUUUCCUUCGCUACCAUUUCACUCGGCCUAAAAGUUCCACGAAUGAAGGACGCUCGUACACAACAAAUUGCCGCUAUUAUUUGGGCAAGCGUGGCUUUCGGAAUGUAUAGCUUCUUGAUGAGUUUGUUUAGGAUUAAGAAUGGCGGGUACCCAUUCUGGUUGCCACCAUUCUAG